AAUCAGUCUAUCGUGGUUGGUGGUAGCGGUACGAGCUUCGCCGCGCUUGGAGUUGCUCUAUCGCAACAGUGUGACGUGUCAGUUGACGAACAACUUUGGAAUCGUUUUUCCGCUGAUGCCGAUUCGUCGCACUGCGGAAGAAAGUGUCGCGUUUAUCAAACUGUUUAUCGAAAUCAAAGUGUGGAAAAGUCAUCAUGGAUCCUACUUCAGAAAACAACGUGAAUGGAGUCGGUGACGGCAUCCACGACAGUACAAAGGAUGUUACCUUCAACAACAGCAAGGGCAUUAUGUCGCAUCUCUCCAAAAUGGCUGCUGUGGAUAUUGAAUUCAACGAUGUGACAUAUGCAGUGAAGACUGGUCCAAGACAAUCGAAACUGCUUCUGAGGGGAGUUAGUGGACAAUUUAAGUCGGGUGAACUGACAGCGAUUAUGGGUCCUUCUGGUGCCGGAAAAUCGACGCUACUCAACGUUCUUGCAGAAUACAAAUGCUUGGACAUAGGUGGCUCGAUACGUAUCAAUGGACAACUGCGAGACGUGCAGAAAUUCAAGAAGUUAUCGUGUUACAUCAUGCAAGACUAUAUCACACAACCAAAUCUUACUGUUUACGAGGCAAUGUCCUUCGCCGCCGACUUUAAGCUCGGCAAGAGAAAAUCAAGAUCACAGAAAUGCGCUGUUAUAGAUGAGAUUCUAAGUAUUCUUAGAUUAACUGGAGCACGAAAUACAGUCACAGACAAAUUGUCUGGUGGUGAAAAAAGGAGGCUAACAAUUGCACUCGAGCUUGUAAAUAAUCCACCUGUCAUUUUCCUCGAUGAACCGACUUCCGGGUUGGACGACUUCUCCUCUGUCAAGUGCAUUGAUAUUCUCAAAAGAUUGGCGAAUUUAGGGAGGACUGUUGUGUGCGCAAUACACUCGCCUAGCGCGAGCGCAUUUCUUAAAUUUGAUCACGUCUACGUUUUGACAAACGGACAAUGCAUUUACAGAGACACCGCGAGCAAUGUGGUACCGUUCUUGCGAGACGUAGGCCUAGAAUGCCCGAAAUCUUACAGUCCUGCGGAUUUCAUAAUAGAAAUUGCAUCGGGUGAAUAUGGUUUCGACCUGACUGAACAGAUGGCUACAUAUGUAAACACGAAUCUACCCUUGCUUUCAAUUUUGCAAUUAAAGAGCGAAUUUGAUUUCGAGAAAAACAUUCCAAAAAUCUCAUGGGUCUAUCAAUUCAACACGUUAGUGAAAAGAAUGAUGACGCAGUUGUACCGAAACAGAAAUUAUUUGUACUUGAAGAUAUGGGUACUUAUCUUUUUGGGGACAGUGAAUGGCUUAUUAUUUUGGAACAUAGGCAACGAUGCCACCAAAUCCCUUUUCAAUUUUGGCUUUUGCUUCGGAUGCCUGAUAUAUUUUCUGUAUAUACCUUUGCUACCGGUGCUACAGCAGUUUCCUACAGAUGUUAAAAUGAUGGAACAUGAACACUUCAAUGGAUGGUAUAAUCUUAGCCCAUAUUAUUGGGCUUUUACAGUAAUCAGUAUUCCUUUACAGAUAAUUUUUGCAAUUUGCUAUCUCACAAUGGUCUACUUGAUUACGGGACAACCCCUGGAGUUGUAUAGAAGUUCCAUGUUCUUUGGCACUUGCUUUGUUGUUGGUUUCAUCUCGGAGAGCAUAGGACAUACCAUUGGCAGCAUAUUUGACACUGUAAAUAGUUUAAUUAUGGGAUCCGUAAUAAGUUGUCCCUUAAUAUUAGUUGCAAUGCAAGAUUUCGGUAUCCAAAAUACUGAUCCUCGACCAAUUUUACGGACAAUUUUAAUGUAUACGAGUUACCUUCGGUAUGGAAUGGAGGGUCUCACGACGGCUAUAUAUGGACGUGGUAGACAAAAAAUACCUUGCCCAGCGGGAGAAGUUUACUGUCAUUUCACCUCGCCUAAGGAAAUUGUGCAAAUUAUGGGCAUGGAGAGAUCUCUCGAUUUCGGGAUGGACAUAUGUGCUCUAUUUAUCAUUUUAUUUAUUUGUAAGGGGAUGACGUAUUAUUUCUUGAAGCAAAAAGUGCAACCAAACAAAACUUUCCAGAUGUUUCAGGUAAUGGGAGACGUAUUGAAGAGCUAUUUCAACAUAUAAUGUUAACUAUGCUUAAUUUUUGCUCGUAUUAUGAUGUGUCGGCGUUAUACACAUUGCUCGAUACUCUCUAAAUAAUUAAUUCCAGAAACAUAUUUGCAACGAAAUUACAAAAUUGUCGGUACAACAAUAUGUGAAACGUAGUAUUAAAUGUAACUUAAACAAAAAGAAAAAA